CACUCGGGGGUCCAGAAGGUUUCAGGCGGCGCCGGCGCCAUCUUGCAGGAGCCUGCGACCGAGUGGGAGUCGAGUGGAGCGGCCAUAGUUGCCGACUCUUUUCUUCUCCCCACGGUCCGGUCUGCGGGUUGGUUAGGUCAUCGGCCCUCAAGGCGAGACUUGUCUCUUAUUUAGUUCUGGGGAGCGCCUGGCCGACAUGAGUGAUGUAGAGGAGAACAACUUCGAGGGCAGAUGCGCCCUCCCUUCUCGCCACCCCUGAGGCUUCCUUAUCUCUGUUGCGAGGUGUGGGUCCCCGUCGCGGUGAGGCGGGAGGAGGCGGCAGGGAAUUCCCCUCCGGCCGGAUAGUGGUUAAUGUUCGUGAAGAAAUUGAAGAGUUUUUUCCAAGAAUGUGGAAGAUAAAUCAAGAUAAAAGAAGGCUAAUGAAAAGUAUUAAAGAUCAGAAAAAUAAAAUUGAAUGGGGGAAAAAAUUGAACAGAAGAUUGGUCAGAUAGAAGCACUUGAAUAUUUUUUUAAGGCUAUUUUGAAUUGUUUGAAUUGGGGAAGAAUACACGAAGUAUGAAAAAUGAAAAACUCAAUGAAGAAUGAAGAGAAGUAGAAAGCAAGAGUGAAGUAGAAUUAAAAGAAUCUGGAAGAAUGAAUGGGUCCUAGGUUAAGUAAAUGAGUCUCGCUCUCAGUCAAAAUCUCCAACGGGAACUCCUGCUCGAGUAAAAUCGGAGAGCAGGUCAGGAUCUCGUAGUCCAUCAAGGGUUUCCAAACAUUCUGAAUCCCAUUCUCGAUCAAGAUCAAAAUCCAGGAGGCGGUCUCGGAGUAGGUCGUACACACCAGAGUACCGACGUCGAAGGAGCCGAAGUCACUCUCCAAUGUCUAACCGGAGAAGACACACAGGCAGCAGGGCAAAUCCAGAUCCCAACACUUGUCUUGGAGUGUUUGGCCUCAGUUUGUACACAACAGAGAGGGAUCUUCGUGAAGUGUUUUCUCGAUAUGGACCAUUGAGUGGUGUCAAUGUGGUUUAUGAUCAGCGAACUGGACGAUCACGAGGAUUUGCUUUUGUGUAUUUUGAGAGAAUAGAUGACUCAAAAGAGGCUAUGGAAAGGGCAAAUGGAAUGGAGCUGGACGGUAGAAGAAUUCGUGUGGAUUACUCUAUCACCAAGAGAGCACACACACCUACACCAGGCAUCUACAUGGGCAGACCAACUCAUAGUGGCGGCGGAGGAGGCGGAGGCGGUGGUGGAGGCGGCGGAGGUGGCAGACGUCGAGAUUCUUACUAUGAUAGAGGAUAUGAGCGUGGCUAUGACAGAUAUGAAGACUAUGAUUACCGGUACAGAAGAAGAUCGCCUUCUCCUUACUAUAGUCGCUACAGAUCACGAUCGAGAUCUCGUUCCUACAGCCCAAGACGCUACUGAUACAGAGAAUGGUUGCAGUUAAGGAUUUCUUUUUCUUUUUCUUUUUUUGUUUAAUUCUGGAUUUCCCUGCGCUAACCCUUCCUACUUCUUGAAAAGAACCCUUAAAAAAUCUUUGGUUUAUUUAGCAUCUACACUUUGUCAAUUGUAUUGCUGUUUUCCACCCCUUUUAUUAUACUCUUAAAGAUGUGAUUGUUGUCAUUUUGAGUAGUUAAACAUCUUGAGUAAAAAAGGAACCCCUAGUGUUACGCUUUGUAAAUGAUUUUUUUUUUAAGGUUGCUUUUUUAGAAAAUUAACUCCAAGCUAAUCAAAAGAGGAAAGAAAUUAUCUUUUUAAAGCUUCUUUUGUGUCAGAUACUGUAUUCGACACUGUAUUAGAAAUCUGCAUUUACAACGAACUCCUUUUUCAACUUCCUUUUGGGGAAGAUAGUGAGUAACACAAAAGUAGUGCGGUCCCAUCCAGUUUGUCCAGGGGGGCAUGGAGCAGUCAGAUAGUUGCGUGUAGAAAGUUUGAAGCUGUAAAAGGAAACACUUGGUCAUUUCUUUUCAGAAAUGGAAAAUUUGAAACUUAAAAAUACAUUGUUUCUUUAGAGAUGGAAAACUUGUGUACUUCUUCUAUAAAAUGUAUUUAAAAUACAUCUGUUAAAAAGUUAACAAAGUGUGAUUUUUGUGUUGAAUUUAUUGAAGUUUAAGUAUUCUUUUAAUCAGUGAAGGAUAGCCCGUAUUAUUUAUUACUUAGAGCAGUUGUACACUUUGCUGUUAGAAAUUUUGGUCAUUGGAACGUUGGUCCAGCAGGCUCUUCUCGUAUAGCAUGGAGUCCUUAGGGGAUGUGUGUGGGGAAAGUAGUCUCCUUUCAAAUAAAAGUUAGUUUCUUUGAAAA